UGAAUUUGAGGCUUUCAUACCAUUAUGGCAGACAGCAGUUGACCUGGGGUUACAUAAUACCUCGCCCUCGGAUGAAACGUCAUAACAUUCCUGCAUUACCAAACUAUUGAGUGAAGUUUAACGUCACUUCACAAGCAUCGGCCUGGUUUUUAGUGGUUGAGACCUUGUAUUCCCCCAUGGAGGCGUAAUAUCUCGCAUCUGCGAUGUAACAGAUCCCCCUCAUUCUUUGCUGCUUUCCUCGGUUUGAGGAAGUCAGGAUCUCCACAGUCCCAACGUAUGGUAUAUACAGAAAAACAUAAAGAUGGGCGUGUUUUUGUAGUUUUCACGCUCAUCAGGAACAAGAUCAAUCAAGCCUCCCAAUUCUUGAUCAAACAGAGCUCUUCCGCUGUAUCCCUCUAUCCAGAUCACCUAAUCGCGGUCUUCGCCCACUGUGUACUUGAUUGCAUCAGUUACACGAAUAACGUGUAAAUCAUGUCGCCAACUUACCAUGAAGUGAUCGACUACGAAAAAGCGUAUGGCCACGGAGUGGUGUAUUUCUGGAGGGAGUAUGGGGAAGUCGCCGAUUACCUGUCCCAAUGGUAUCCUGCGAUAUGGGAACAUGAAGGCAUCGUCUAUAAAUCGGCGGAAAUGUGGAUGAUGAUUCAGAAGGCGAAGUUAUUCGAAGAUGAGGAUAUCGUCCUUAAAAUGAAGGCUACGUCGAAUCCCGGCGAACACAAAAGACUUGGUCGUAAAGUUAAAGAAUACGAUGGGAAGAAAUGGAACGAGCAUAAGCAGGGCAUCGUCGAGGAAGGGAAUAUGCACAAGUUUCUGCGGAGCAAGGAAGCGCCUGAGUUGAGUAGGAAACUUCUUGAGACGGGAGAUAAGCUCUUGGUGGAGGCUUCUCCGUUCGACCGAAUCUGGGGCAUUGGGUUCGAUGCGGCGCAGGCGGAUAAUAAUUGGUCGGAGUGGGGUGAGAAUCUACUUGGAAAGGCCUUGAUGCGAGUAAGAGCGCGGAUAAGGCAGAUGGAAGCUGAGCAGUCAGUGGAAGCGAAUGCUUAACGGAUUCACUGUCCUCGUUCAAGACGGAUUCAUGAUAAAGCCGAGCUAGGACGCG